AUGGACACCUAUGCAACUCAUGCAACUCAGAAUAGAAUGCAGGUGGAAGAGGAUGAACAGAGUACAUCAGCUAAUUUGACUCACCAGACCACAGAUCUAUCUUUACCAUUACAAACAGGUUUGAAACCAAAAAGUACUUUUACACCAUGCAUGGUUAACGAAUCCAUUGGCAUAUUUUCUAACCUAGUCAAAAGGGAUAUAAAGAAACUUAGGAAGAAAAGUAAAAACAGGAGCAAACACCUUCAACAAACACCUAACUUUACAAAGAAAGAACGGCUCAUUUUAAAUAAUUUGAAACAGGAUGACUCCAUCAUCAUACAAUCUGCCGAUAAAGGUGGAGCAUUAGUGAUUAUGGAUCAGUCCUAUUACGUUAAAGAGAUCAGAACACAACUUAAUGAUACUGAGAGUUACAAGUUGAUGGACAGAGAUCCCACACAUAGUUUACAAACAACACUACAGGGACUCAAUAAGGAUGCCAGACACAAAGGGAUAAUUUAUGAGGGAGAGUAUAGAUACAUAAACAGGAAACAUCCAACCAUACCAGUGUUCUAUACUCUCCCUAAGAUAAACAAGAACCCACAGUUCCCACCAUGUAGACCAGUAGUUAGUGGGAAAGGGUCUGUGUUACAACCCCCAGCAGAAAUCUUAGAUAAAUUCCUCAUUUAUCAUGUGCCAAUGCAGAAGUCUUCUAUUAAAGACACUAAUGAUUUUCUGAAAUUAAUUGAGAAUUUCCCCUUAACUGAACAAGAUGAUAUAUGGCUGGUAACUCUGGAUGUUCAGUUCCUACAUACAUCUAUUGAGAACGAGGGAUGA